CUGUCAGCUAGCCAGAUCCCCCGGAAUCUCAGAAGGUGCUGCAGUGGCUGCUGCUCCCAGGACCCUCACCAUGAAAGGCCUCGCGCUGCUCAUCCUGUCCUCUCUGCUGUGCUGGGUGUCAGCUGACAUUCGCUGUCAUUCCUGCUACCAGAUCCCCAUGCUGGGCUGUGUGGACCGGCAGUCCUGUCGCCUGGAACCUGGACAAAGAUGUCUGACAACUAAAGUGUACCUUGGUCGGAUGUGGUUGUACUCCAACCUUCGAUGCGGCACACCGGAAGAGCCCUGUCGGGAGGCUUUCAACCAAACCGUCCACAAGCUGGGCCUCAACUACAAUACCACGUGCUGCGAGAAGGACAACUGCAACCCGGCCCCCCGGCCCACCCCUGCCCUGGCCCUUGUCUUCCUCACCUCAUUGGCUGGUCUUGGCCUCUGGCUGCUGCACUGAGACAUUGUCUGUGGCUGCCUGUCUUCCCACCUGCCUUAGCCUGAGCCCCUCUCCCUGUGCCUUUCUCGAAGGGUCUCCCCCUCACCAUCUUUGCUCUGAAAAGCAUUUCUCCAGAUCCUUCACAUUUCUUUAAUGCGAGAGUGGUUUCCUUGCCCAGCUUCUCCCUCCCUCCCCUCUCCUCUUUUUAUCAAGUCCCUUCCAUUUCCCUCUAGACCACUCGAAGUCCCCAUUGCUUCUUAGAAGGGGUCCCCACUUUGCCUCCUGCGCUCACCUGUGCCCUACGUGGAAGCAAUUGGGGUCCGGCCCUGAAAUGGGGCUUCGCACCUGUCUCCACUGGAGGCUCCGAGGAAGGACCUGAUCAUUUGGAGCUGUUCCCCCAAACCCUGAUUGCCAGUGUACCCCAUCCCCACGCUUACCCUUUUCCAUU